UCGAAUAGUUUCGGUUACACACAGAACUCUAUUUUUGCUUCUCAGAGAGCGGAAAUUUAAGUUGGCGCUCUGAGGUUUGUGACGCCCGGAGAAAACUUUGGUUGAACUGUCUGUGUGUAGACAUCAUUUAAAGGAAGAGAGGGAUAACAGGUGAGACGGCACCGGAUGCUCUAACCUGAGAUUCUAACCUUGUGGGUGAUGGUCUUCUAUUUUGGUUACGUAAGCGUCUCCAGUUAUCUUAUCUAAACGAGCGAGGAAAAUAACUUCCCGGGGAUCUGCCGGUAUGCAUGAGGUGGCCAGCAGUGCGCCCGUCGGGUCAGAGGAACAUUUAAAUGCUCCUGUGGGAGAAACAGCAUUUCCCUCAGAGGAACCAAAUGUUUUAGACUGUAAAGCAUCAGGUAAUGAUGAACGUAAUUCUGAUUCCCCUAAAAACAGGAUAACAAGUCAGUUCCGCUCAAAUCUUGAAGAACGCUUUUCUAGACAGGGUCUUCGACCCUUAUCUCCUUCGAUUAGCGCCUCCACACGCAGAUCCAGACUUCAGAAACAGCUGGAGGUCAAUGAACCGGGCAGCUGCACCUCCCGCAGAAUAUCAGUUGAUGCUUCCGAGAAGGGCUCUCUCACCCCCGCUAUGCGUAAGAAGUAUUUAAAAGAGUUGUUACUGAAUAACAGAUCUGGAUUUUCAAGCAUUUUAUCAUCCAGACAGUCAUGCGAAUUCUCAAACGACCAUGAGGAGAAUGCACCGUAUGGAGUAAACGACACUAUCAACAGCUGUGCACUCUGGGCUUUAGAUCCCAUGGAACACGCUUGGAUGCUCUCUGCUGUGGAUGGGAAUUAUGACACUAUUGUGGAAUUUCUUGCAGAAGAUCCAAGCCUAUUGAGCAGAAAAGACUUUAUCAGUGGUUACACAGUUCUCCACUGGUUGGCCAAAAAUGGAAAGGACGAGACACUGAUUCAACUUCUCAAGCAUGCUGAGAAGGAGGGACUGCCAGUGAAUGUGAACUUGAGAGGCAGUGGAGGUCUAACACCUCUCCAUGUGGCUGCCAUGCAUAACCAGUACAUGGUUGUGAAGCUUUUGGUUGGUGCAUUUAAUGCCAAUAUAGAUGUUAUGGACUACAGCGGGAAGAGAGCAUGGCAAUAUCUUAAGCACAAUGCACCUAUGGAAAUGAAGGAGCUUCUUGGAGCCUGGGAUGACGAACACACUGUAGGGUACUUGAACAUGAACAACAGUGCGAGUCAAGCACAGCCAAUAGAACACACUCAAGAAAAUAAAGUUGCGGUGGACAGUUCAGAAGGCAGAAAUUCACGCUGGCGAUUUGGGUCAUUUAAAAGGCUAUUAUACAAUGUUGGUCUGCUUGAAGAAAAGUUUGAUAAUUGAAUUUCCUUUUGCAUGCAGCAGUUGACUUCUCCAAAAUCCUUAGUUGCACUUUUACAAUUUAGUUGCAUCUUUUCAGAGGGCCUUACUGUAGAAAUGGCAAUGUGUCAAGUACUUUCUGAUACAUGGCUUGCCUCUGUGUGCCAUCUUUUUUAUAAAUAUCUUUAAUAAAGAAAGCAAAAUGCAAGAGUC